AAGUACAUUCACACUGUUGUGCAACGACCACCAGUAACUUUGGCAUCUUCCCAAACAGAAGCUCUAUGCCAUUAAACAAUUUAUCUCUUUGUCCUCCCUCUCCCAGCCCCUGGUCACCUCUAAUCUACUUUCGGCCUCUGCCUAUUUUAAGUACUCCAUUUAAGUGGACGCAUACAAGAUUUGUCCUUUUGUGUCUCGUUUAUUACACUUAGCGUAAUGUCAUCAAGAUUCAUCCAUGUUAUAACAUAUAUCAGAAUUUCCUUCCCUUUUAAGGCUACAUAAUGCUCCAUUGUGUAUCUAUACCGCGUUUUGCAUAUCCACUGAUCUGCCAAUGGACAGUUGGGGCUGUUUCCACCUUUUGACUGUUGUGAAUAAUGCUGCUAUGAACAUGGGCAUACAGACAUCUGCUCUAAUUCCUGCUUUCAACUCUUUUGGGUGUAUACCCAAAAGUGGGAUUGUAAUUCUAACUAAUCCUAACUCAUACAAACUAAGUCUGGAAAAAAAGAGAGAGAGAGAGAAGAGAGAGAGAACAUAAGUUCACCAAGGGAUAGGAAAUUUCAAACUGAGGGAACAGCAUGUAUGAAGGCUGAGGGUCCUGAAAGAGACCGUGUGCUUGGAGAAUGCCAAGGGUGUUGUGUGGUAGGAGAUGAGACCAGAGUGUGUUGGGAUGAGCCACAGCAGAGAAUACACUGAGUAGGCAGGACUUUGGCAGAGAGACUUGUCUGAGGCUAUGAAUGUGAUCGAGGUGAGAGGCAAGAGGGGCUGUGAUGUAACUGGUAGUAGAAAUGGAGGAGAGGGGGCCGAUUCAAGGUACAUUUAGAAUAAAAAAAUCAGGAGUUCAGGAAUGUGUGGCUAAGUCUAUGGAGUGGGAGUGACGUCAGACAAAGGUCUGGGCUCUCUGGCUUCCCCUCCUCCCUAGCCCUGUGGGUGGAGUAUUCCUGUGGGAAGAAUCCUCCUCUUGCUCUAAUUCUUUGGACCCAGGUGCCUCUAACCAUCUCAUCUUCCCCGUCACAUCUGACUUCCCAGCAGUUCCAGGAUUGUUUCAUGGAGGAUGGGAGUGUUCUUAACUCUAUAAAUCUGGAUCUCGCCAGGCUGCUUGAGUAGCCAGUGAUGGAGCCGGCCAGAGCUGCUCAGGUUCUGCCGGGCCCCUGGACGUCGUCCCUGUCUAGCUGGGGCACAGGGCCUCGGGCAGUUGAGUAAGAGCAGGGCCCUUAGCAGAGAGGCUCUUCUCUGUUGGUGGGCCAGCUGGCUGGUCAGUGGGACGGUUGAAGGUCACAGGGCUUGGGGGGAACUGGGUGAGGAGUUCGGCCUUACUCCUCACUCUUCUGCUGGAGAGCCCCCCUGAAAUCAGGGCACUCAUUAACCCUCUGGGUGCCAGGGAAGGGCAGGAGGUGAGUGCUGGGAGGCAGCUGAGGUCAUCCUUCUUUGAACCUCCACGUGGUAUUUACUCAGGGCAACUGUUGCCAGAGGCCCAGGCCCCUGGAGUAUAAAGCUGAAUGUCUGCUCUCUGUGCCCAGAACCGAGCAGAUAAUGGCCAGCAUGACUGCACUUGUGACCUGGGCUUUGGCUCUGCUCCCAGCGCUUGCAAGUGCCCAGACACAGAAAGGCUUCUGGGACUACUUCAGCCAGAGCAGCGGGGACAAAGGCAAGGCCGAGCAGGUCCAGCGGCAGAAGCUGGCAUGGGAACCCACGAGCCUGAAAGACAGCCUUGAGCAAGACCUCAGCAAUAUAGACAAGUUCCUGGAAAAGCUGGGCCCUCUCAGUGGGCAGGCGAGGGAGCCUCCUGCGCUCCCCCAGGACCCGGCGGACAUGCGGCGGCAGCUGCAGGAGGAGCUGGUGGAGGUGAGGGCGCGCCUGGAGCCCUACAUGGCAGAGGCACACGAGCAAGUGGGCUGGAACCUGGAGGGCUUGCGGCGGCAGCUGAAGCCCUACACCGCGGAGCUGAUGGAGCAGGUGGCGCUGCGCGUACAGGAGCUGCAGGAACAGUUGCGCGUGGUCGGAGAGGGCACCAAGGCCCAGCUGCUGGGCGGCGUGGACGAGGCGCGGGGCCUGCUGCGGGAGCUGCAGAACCUCGUGGCGCACCACACGGGCCGCGUCCAGGCGCUCUUCGACCCCUACGCCCAGCGCCUGGUGAGCGGCAUCGGGCGCCACGUGCAGGAGCUGCACCGCAGCGUGGCCCCGCACGCCGUCGCCAGUCCCGCGCGCCUCAGCCGCUGCGUGCAGACGCUCUCGCGCAAACUCACGCUCAAGGCCAAGGCGCUGCACGCGCGCGUCCAGCAGAACCUGGACCAGCUGCGGGAAGAGCUCAGCGCCUUUGCCGGCGCCCGCGCUGAUGGUGCGGUUGAAGGGACCAGCCGGGACCCCCAGGUGUUGUCCCAGGAGGUGCGUCAGCGACUCCAGGCCUUCCGCCACGACACCUUCCUGCAGAUCGCCGACUUCACCCGUGCCAUUGACCGAGAGACCGAGGAGGUCCAGCUGCAGCUGGCGCCGCCCCCUCCAGGUCACAGUGCCUUCGCCCCAGAGUUUCUCCAAGCGGACAGUGGCAAGGCCCUGAGCAAGCUGCAGGCCCGUCUCGAAGACCUGUGGGAAGACAUCAACUACAGCCUUCACGACCAUGGUCUCGGCCAUCAAGAGGAGCCCUGAUUGUCUACUUGUCCAGGCCCACUUCCAGGCUUCUUCUCGGAGCUCAGGAUCUGAGCCCCCACCAGGUGUGGCUCAGUCCUUGACAGUGGCCUGUUGGGCAGAGGGUGGAGGGCCCUGCACAGGAUAGGCGUGGCCACCAAAGGGACUGUUGUUCCUGGAAUAUUCAGCCUCUUGGCGAUUCCCCCAUCCGGAUGCAUUAUACUCACCAGGCUUUGCAAACCCAGCUUCCCGUGUUCAUUUGGGAAUCCUCCUAAGUUGCUCCAUUCCAGUAUGGUGGGAGUGGGGAGGGAGAGAGGCAUUCUGUGUGCAGGUAAUUUUGUGCAAGCCUGUUGCCAUGGUGCCGGAAGCCUGUGCCUCUUCUUCCUGGGACUUGACUCCCAUCACUUCUGGCCUCCUGGUGGCCGCUGCUACAGCUGGUCUACAGAGAGGAGCUCUUUUCUCGCCAGGGCUGCCAUGACAGCUUCUGUUGGGGAAUGGAAAGGGAAAAGGGAGGAAAAUAUGUAAGAGCAUAUGAAGGUGUGUCUAUACCCCUGCUGGCUCUGAUGCCGGUGGGUACAGCUGCUGGGGGCUGUGAUGAGAGGGAGCAGAGCCUGUAUUUCCUUAUAUAGCUCUACAUGGAAACAGCUGACCAAACCCUCCAGACUCUGUGGGCUUCUUUAACCCACAGGGAAGCCUACUCUGUGUCGUCUCCAUCUGAGGCCCCUCACUUCUGACUCCCUGGCUGAAGCCUAGACUUCUGAUUCAAAUGAAAUAGAGGUGUAUGGUGGAUGCA